UAUAGGCCGGCUGUGAAACGAGCUCGGCUCUACAGGUCACGUGACUCGUUCACAGCGCGGUCAUCCGCUCUCGCAGUUUGUCAGUCGACAGGUGAGCAGAUACAAGUAUUCAAGUCAGCAGUCAUCAUGAAAGGUCAAGGGAAUGUUUGCCUUUUGCUCCUCAUCCUCAUCAAUGCCGUCGUCUUCGUCGGACUCCUCGUUCUCAACUACCUCGCCGGCGACCCCAGCAACAGUGGAGGUUUGUUCAUCCAUGGCAUCGGCAACGUCUCCGCCAUCUACAACCUGGAGGUCACUCCGGCUGGUGCGACGUUUGCAAUCUGGGGAGUCAUCUAUCUCUGGCAGUUUUUGUGGAUCAUCUACAGCCUCGUUGCCAUAUGUCGCAGUACCCCGGAUGGACCAGUAUACACGACCCCAAUGCUACUUCCGGUCGGUUUCUUUAUCACCUACAUCCUAAACAUGAUCACAAAUGGCGUCUGGCUGUUCUUGUGGGAUAGGGAAUAUGUCAUCGCUUCGGUAUUCGUCCUUCUGGCAACAUCGGUCACUCUCUACGUUUGCAUUGGAAUCUCGUACAGGUUCCUGCAAUGGAAUAUUUUGUAUCUGAGUGAACACGGAAGAACCUACGACGUCUAUCUGGUGAGAUACGUGGUUCAGAAUGGCCUUGGAAUAUAUGCGGCGUGGGUUACCAUAGCAACGCUUCUCAACCUGGGGGCAGUGCUAGAGUACAAGCUGGAGAACCCCCUUGACUCGUCCACCACAGCCCUCAUAAUUCUCAGCCUCCUGUCCGUGGAAGUCGUUGUCUUCGUCGCCCUUGACCUUUCAGUCCUGUACCAAUAUUCUCGCUACAUCUUUACGCCCUACCUCGUCGUUGUCGUCGCUCUUGUCGGCAUCAUUGCAAAGAACUGGGACCCCCUGAAGUCAAGCUCUAUCUUCUCCGCGGUUUUGCUGGGGGUGGCCGCAGUGUGCCUCUGUCUGAAAUUUGCAACAUUGCUGGGUCGUACACCGCAAAACCGGCAGUCCAUACAACCCACACUCACCGAGAGAACACCGAUCCUUGGAUGAAUCAGGCGACUCCGUUUUCUUAACAUUAUGCACAAAAAACGUGCAUAGACAUCACAGCUGAAGUUUGAAAUUUUAUGUUUCUGUUAAGGGAUUGACAUACCCAUAGUUCACAAUACCUCUUCCUUGGUGGAGUUUAGGCAUUUAUAUUAUAGUCUCAAUACAGAUGUACUUUAUUUUGUCUUUCUACUGUUAUACUGUAUAUAUAUACACAGUAUGCGUUUUUUUCUAUUUGAUGUUAUUGAUUUUGAUACAUGAUUAAAGCAUUUUUACUAUCA